AUAAAAGAGGCUAUGUUGAACGAGACCGACGCGCGGCACACGAGCGUUUGAUGAAAGACUAUUUUGACGAGGCGCCGACAUUUUCAAACGAAGUUUUUAGGCGUCGUUUCCGGAUGAGUAAACGGUUGUUUCUACGCAUAGUCAACGACUUGGAAGCCAACUACGAUUAUUUUAAACAAAAACCGGAUGCGAGAGGGGGACUUGGAUUCACCGGUAUCCAAAAGUGUACGUCGGCAUUACGAAUCCUUGCUUAUGGUAACACUACCGACAUCAACGACGAGUAUCUAAAAAUGGCGGAGAAAACAACACGAGAUAGCUUGGAACAUUUUUGUCGCGGUAUAAUUGAUGUGUACGGUGCGCGUUAUCUUAGAACGCCUACAUGGGAGGACCUUCAAAAGAUCUACGAGGUACAUAAUGUCGAGCAUGGUUUGCCUGGUAUGAUCGGGAGCAUAGAUUGCAUACAUUGGCGUUGGGAUAACUGCCCGACUGCAUGGCGAGGCCAACACACACGUGGUGACCAAAAAGGACCCACUAUUAUUCUUCAGGCGGUUGCUUCACAGGACCUUUGGGUUUGGUCGGCUUACUUUGGCGUGGUCGGGUCAUGCAAUGAUAUCAAUGUUUUUGAACAAUCGCCGUUGUUAGAGAAGUGGAUUUCUGGCAAAGCUCCAAAAGCGUCGUUUUACGCAAAUGGAAACUACUACCCCCAUGGAUAUUAUUUGAGCGACGGAAUUUAUCCUAGGUAUUCGAUUUUUGUGAAGACGUUUAGUGAUCCUAUUGAUGACAAAAGAGCAUACUUUAAAAAGAUUCAAGAGUCUUCACGAAAAGACAUUGAGAGAUGCUUUGGGGUUCUUAAACAACACGAAGGAAAGGCGAUAUGCCAGAAUUAUGUGCCAGAAGCCGUUCAGCAGGAGCAUCCGCAGGCGUCAAUGGAAGAAAGAUUAUUACAAAUCCAUGAUUUGCAAACAUAUUCAAACAAGUCUAAAUGUGGUAAGAGCCCAAAACUAAUAAAAGUAUCUAAGAAUAUGUGGGCUGGAUAG